GUCUAAAAAAUGGAAGAUCUUUUAUUUGUUUUUUUUUUAGUUGGUAUGUCAUUAUGCAGUUUUAUAAUUAAUUGCAAACAAUGGUGGCACAUAGAACCAAGAUAACUUGUCUUUCUUGUCAUGCAGUUCUUUAUGAGGCUUAUAAUUACUAAUUCUGUAAUUUUUCGAAGAUUGAGGUUAGAAUCCACGCCGAUUGCUGCAACGAGACCAAAACGUUUGAUCCCUGCGAAAUAUUUUGGUAGCCAAGCAAAGAUAAAAAUGGUAAAAUAUUUGAAACAGUCGGAGGCAAAAAAUAUUGAUAAGGAAUUGUUUAAUAAUUAUAAAUUUAGCGUCGAUCAAUUGAUGGAAUUGGCUGGUUUAAGUUGUGCAAUUGCUAUCGCUAAAUGUUAUCCACUUUCCGAAAAUGGUUCAAAGAAAAUUCUGGUUUGUUGUGGACCUGGAAAUAAUGGUGGAGAUGGGUUGGUGUGUGCAAGACACCUGAAGCUUUUUGGUUAUGAUCCAGAGGUUUACUAUCCCAAACGAACGAGUAAUCCUCUCUACGAAAACCUUUUGCACCAGUGUUUAAAAAACGAGAUUCCAGUUUUGGAAAGUACCGAACACUUCAAGAAACUCGAAGAAUAUCGUACGAUAGUAGAUGCUUUAUUCGGAUUUAGUUUUAAACCUCCAGUAAGGCCAGAAUUUUCAGCCGUAGUUGACAUUCUCAAAAACUCUUCAGUUCCUGUGUGCAGUAUAGACAUACCUUCGGGUUGGGAUGUUGAAAAUGGUCCACCUGCAGAUGGAGAUAUUAAGCCUGAAAUGCUAAUUUCGCUGACAGCGCCAAAAUUGUGCGCUCACCAUUUCAAAGGAAAGUAUCACUUCUUGGGUGGACGAUUCUUACCUUCCGAACUUGAGGCAGCUUACGAACUGAAUCUUCCAAAAUAUCCUGGAACGGAGUUGGUUGUUGCAUUGUAAAGAUAAAGAUGUUUCUAUAAUUUUAACGUAUUUUCAUACAUUUUUUUGUAAUUUUAUUGUUUUAUGUUGGUUACAAGGGCUGAUUAAUUUUUAUUAUAAAACAAUAUUUAAAAAUGGAACAAAAGUGCAAAUAAAAUGAAUGGUCAAUUAGAAAUUUUGAUUCCAAAUAAAUACACAUAAGAAACGAUCGUAUGUUUGAAAAUUACACCUCAUUGCAAUUUAAAAUAUGCAUGAAGCAUUAAAAAUGAGAAGAAUCCUGGUAAGUUAUUAUAAUUUUUCGAAGAUUGGGCUUGAAU